GUGGAGAUGAUUUGUAGCGGAUAAUAAUAGUGGUGUAUGCGGGAUUACGAUGAAGGUGAGGAUGAGGAUAGGAUAGGGAAGGGGGGCGCAUCUCCUCGCCACCUCAUUCCCUCGCCUCGUCAGUCUGCAUUUUCUUCGCAUACCUUCCACCAUCCCCCGCCCCAAAACAGCAGAGAGGCUUCGUCGUACGUCCUCCGGUUAAGAGACCAUUGGUUCUCAGGUUCAUCCUGUCGGAAGUCGGCCAUUCCAUGUGGCUCGAAUGUUGAAAGCAGGAGGAAAAGGUCUAGUGGACAAUUUCAAUGAUUAUUCCCGAUGACAGGGAGGACAGCGGACAGUUGAUGUUUGAGCAUGAUUGGGUUUGAGGCUGAUUUGUGCAGCAUCUGGGUGACGUGCUCGGAUGACUGGAUAGCUGGAAAGGUCAAGGAUGGGGAGCAAGAAGACAGACACAUGGUUCAUUGCCUCUGUGCGUCCACAUGACGGCCGUCUGUCAUAAGAUGGUAAAUCCAUCCCGAGCGAAUGUGUCUUAUCCUCUUUUGCUCAUACAAUACAUCCUUUUCAUGUCGGCUCUGAUGUUCGUAUAGGGCUUUUGCAUGGUAUAUCCUAUAAACCCAGUAAAGGAGUCACACGUUUCAGUUCAAUCAGAGUCGAACGAGGGAUUUGACUUUGUGGACGAGCGCCUACUCAGAAUGGGGUGUGCGAGAGAUUUAUAAGAACGGUCAAGGAGAUGGCGGAGUGCAUGUUAGCCUUGUCAGAACUUGGACAUCGUUAUUGGGAUUAUGGAACGAAGUAGGCCUCGGUAAGCGCGCACGUGCGUUGAGGGCUUCAUGCGUUGCGGUAUAGCAUCUCCCGAGCAAUUUGGCUUCGGAUGGAACCAUGAGAUUCAACGCCCCAUGGCGGAUGACAUGGUUCGGAAUUCGCUGGAAAAGAAAUAUCGAGUAUGGCGAUACCGACCCGUCAGCAGAUGGGCGUCUUUUGCUCGAAAGUGCGCGUGCAAGGGAAGAGAUUGUCGCCAAGCUAGACGUUCUGUGCUACCAGUGUAAUGCUGUUGUCGCACCCCAAAAACUGCGUGUGCAUGUUGGUGCUCACAUCCUUGCUCAUCACUACCAGAUGGGCAUCCCAAAGACCCAAAAGCCGGUGGGAAAGCAUUAUCCUUGUGGUUUUUGUGGUCGAGAAGGCUGCACCCUCCUCCUAAAGGCCUCCAAAAGCGGGAAAACACCUCAAGCGUCUUCUGAUUGUCCAAGAUUCCAGCUGUUUCAACGGCUGAGUGCCUUGAAACCAAAAGAAUGCAGCAAUGCGCAUGUACGCCGCAAAGAGCGCUUGCCGAGACGACGGCAACUAUCGAGCCUCAUUUCUCAGAAGUGAGCUCGUAGCCCGAGUCCUGCAAGUCCUCAAUUUGGGUCCGGCCUCCCUUAAAAAAGGGAACGGCCAUUAUGGGGCCCCCACCACUGCCCAAAGAUCGAAGGCCACUGCGUCUUCGAUCUCCACCAUUAUGUACGCGUCCUCGCUCGUACAUUUUGUUCUCUCCGUGGCUCCGAAAAUCGACAAUGUCGAUAUAGCCUUACAUGAUACGGUCUAUCAUUCCGGCAUUUUCUUUUUUCGAAGUCUGAAGGAAGUCGAACAGCAGGCCAUCAUAGACUUCUAUGAUGGCCAUGCUCGAGACGACCGGGGAGAAGGGGAUGGGAGGAUUAGCAGCAUGUGGCAGGAUUUGUGGAGGUGGAGGAGGUCGCAGCAGAGGAGGGGGGAGUGAUGGUGGGCCGGGGGAUGAAAUAUGUAUUAAUAUAACCAAUGUAUAAAUAAUGCC